AUGUCCUCGGCCGUGGGGCCCCGCGGUGCUCGCCCACCCACCGUGCCUCCCCCCAUGCAAGAGCUGCCCGACCUGAGCCACCUGACCGAGGAGGAGAGGAACAUUAUCAUGGCAGUGAUGGACCGGCAGAAGGAAGAGGAGGAAAAAGAAGAAGCCAUGCUCAAGUGUGUUGUCAGGGACAUGGCGAAGCCUGCUGCCUGCAAAACACCAAGAAAUGCUGAAAACCAGCCCCACCAACCUCCACCGAGAUUGCAUCAACAAUUUGAAAGCUAUAAGGAACAAGUGAGAAAAAUAGGGGAAGAAGCACGGCGUUACCAGGGCGAGCACAAAGACGAUGCUCCGACUUGUGGCAUCUGUCACAAAACAAAGUUUGCUGAUGGGUGCGGCCACCUCUGCUCCUACUGCCGCACCAAAUUCUGUGCCCGCUGCGGAGGCCGCGUGUCUCUGCGAUCGAACAACGAGGACAAAGUGGUUAUGUGGGUAUGCAAUUUAUGUCGAAAGCAACAAGAAAUCUUAACCAAAUCUGGGGCCUGGUUCUUUGGAAGUGGCCCUCAGCAGCCCAGUCAGGAUGGAACCCUAAGUGAUACAGCUACAGGUGCUGGUUCUGAGGUACCCAGAGAAAAGAAAGCACGGCUCCAGGAGCGAUCACGGUCUCAGACUCCCCUAAGCACCGCAGCUGCCUCUUCCCAGGACACAGCUCCUCCCAGUGCACAACCAGACAGGAGCAAGGGAGCUGAGCCCUCCCAGCAAGCCAUGGGGCCAGAACAGAAGCAGGCUGCAUCCAGGUCUAGAAGUGAACCUCCAAGAGAGAGGAAGAAGACGCCAGGGCUCCCCGAGCAGAAUGGCAAAGGAGCCCCCAAGAGCGAGCGGAAACGCGUGCCAAAGACCUCGGCGUCCCCCGGGGAGGGGGCCUCGGAAGAACGGGAGCGGAAAGAAAGGCGGGACAGCCGGAGGCUGGAGAAAGGGCGGUCCCAGGACUACUCCGACCUGCCGGAGAAACGGGAGGACGGCCAAGCGGCGGCUGCGGAGAAGCCGAGGGGCGAGGAGUACCAGACCAGGUACCGCAGCGACCCGAACCUGGCGCGGUACCCCGUGAAGGCGCCGCCGGAGGAGCAGCAGAUGCGCAUGCACGCCCGGGUGUCCCGCGCCAGGCACGAGCGGCGCCACAGCGACGUGGCGCUCCCGCACACCGAGGCGGGCGCCGCGGCCCCCGAGAGCAAGGCGGGCAAGCGCGCCCCCGCCGCCCCCCGGGCCGGGCCGCCCGACGCGCCGCGGACCCACGCGGCCGAGAGGACGGCGGAAGCCCGGGCGCCGGGCGCCAAGCCGCUCACGAACCCCAGCCCGCCGGCGCCCCGGCAUGGGCCGGCCCCCGCGCCCGCCCCGGAGCCCAAAGCCCCGGAGCCCCUCAGGAAGCAGAGCCGCCUGGACCCCAGCUCGGCCGUGCUCGGCCGCAAGGCCAAGCGCGAGAAGGCGGAGACCAUGCUGCGGAACGACUCGCUGAGCUCCGACCAGUCCGAGUCGGUGCGGCCGUCCCCGCCCAAGCCGCACCGGCCCAAGAGGGGCGGCAAGAAGCGGCAGAUGUCGGUGAGCAGCUCGGAGGAGGAGGGCGUGUCCACGCCGGAGUACACCAGCUGCGAGGACGUGGAGCUGGAGAGCGAGAGCGUCAGCGAGAAAGGUGACUUGGAUUAUUACUGGUUGGAUCCUGCCACGUGGCAUAGUCGGGAAACAUCACCGAUUAGUUCGCAUCCUGUAACGUGGCAACCAUCUAAAGAGGGGGACCGAUUAAUUGGACGUGUUAUUCUUAACAAGAGAACAACUAUGCCCAAAGAAUCAGGUGCAUUACUGGGUCUGAAAGUUGUUGGAGGAAAAAUGACUGACUUAGGACGCCUUGGUGCCUUCAUCACCAAAGUAAAGAAGGGUAGCCUUGCAGAUGUAGUUGGACAUUUAAGAGCAGGGGAUGAAGUUCUAGAAUGGAAUGGUAAACCCCUGCCGGGAGCUACAAAUGAAGAAGUUUACAACAUUAUUUUAGAAUCAAAAUCAGAACCUCAAGUUGAAAUUAUUGUUUCAAGGCCUAUUGGUGACAUUCCCAGGAUUCCUGAGAGCUCCCACCCUCCCCUGGAAUCCAGUUCAAGUUCUUUUGAAUCUCAGAAGAUGGAAAGGCCUUCCAUUUCUGUUAUUUCUCCAACAAGUCCUGGAGCUCUAAAAGAUGCCCCGCAAGUCUUACCAGGACAACUUUCUGUGAAACUAUGGUAUGAUAAAGUGGGACACCAGCUGAUUGUAAAUGUUCUGCAAGCAACAGAUCUACCUUCUAGGGUAGAUGGGCGGCCCAGGAAUCCCUAUGUAAAAAUGUAUUUUCUUCCAGAUAGAAGUGAUAAAAGUAAGAGGAGGACCAAAACCGUAAAGAAAGUACUAGAACCAAAAUGGAAUCAAACUUUUGUCUACUCACAUGUACAUCGUAGAGAUUUUAGAGAACGAAUGUUAGAAAUAACUGUGUGGGAUCAACCAAGAGUGCAAGAAGAAGAGAGCGAAUUUCUCGGAGAGAUCCUCAUAGAAUUGGAGACAGCACUUUUAGACGAUGAACCACAUUGGUAUAAACUGCAGACACAUGAUGAAUCUUCACUACCUCUGCCUCAGCCAUCACCUUUCAUGCCAAGGCGACACGUUCAUGGAGAAAGCUCCAGCAAAAAACUACAAAGAUCUCAGCGAAUCAGUGAUAGUGACAUCUCAGAUUAUGAGGUGGAUGAUGGUAUUGGAGUAGUGCCUCCAGUAGGUUAUAGGUCUAGUGCUAGAGAAAGUAAAUCUACAACAUUAACUGUGCCAGAACAGCAAAGAACAACUCAUCACCGCUCACGCUCAGUAUCUCCUCACCGCGGCGAUGAUCAGGGAAGGCCGCGUUCACGUUUACCAAAUGUGCCAUUACAGAGGAGUUUAGAUGAAAUUCAUCCAACAAGAAGGUCACGUUCUCCAACCAGACACCAUGAUGCCUCUAGAAGUCCAGUUGAUCACAGAUCCAGAGAUGUGGAUAGUCAGUAUUUAUCUGAACAAGACAGUGAGCUUCUUAUGCUGCCCAGAGCAAAACGAGGACGAAGUGCAGAAUGCCUACAUACUACCAGACAUCUUGUUAAGCAUUAUAAAACCUUACUGCCCAAGAUGCCUUUAUUACAGAAUGGUUCUCACUGGGAUAGUUACUCACUUCUGCCUGCACAUACUCAAACCAAAUCAGUGAUUAGACAGGACUUUCCCCAUCAUUGUUUCUGUUUUAACUCAAAAGUAUUGAGAUUUACUGAUGAAAUAUUGGUUAGUGAACUGCAGCCCUCCCUUGACAGGGCUAGGAGUGCUAGUACCAACUGCUUGAGACCAGAUACUAGUUUGCAUUCACCAGAACGAGAAAGGGGUAGAUGGUCCCCCUCCCUAGAUAGGAGACGACCUCCUAGUCCCAGGAUUCAAAUCCAGCAUGCUUCUCCGGAGAAUGACAGGCACUCCAGAAAAUCUGAAAGAUCUAGCAUCCAAAAACAGACUAGGAAAGGCAUUGCUUCUGAUGCAGAAAGGGUUCUCCCACCAUGUCUUUCUAGAAGGGGAUACGCAGCCCCAAGAGCGACUGAUCAGCCAGUCCUUAGGGGAAAACAUCCCGCUCGCUCGAGGUCGAGUGAGCACUCUAGUGUCAGAACCCUGUGUUCUGUCCACCACCUUGCCCCCGGAGGGUCGGCGCCACCUUCUCCGCUUCUGACCAGGACACACCGACAAGGAAGUCCAGCCCACUCUCCUCCUGCGGACACUUCCUUCAGCAGCCGGAGGGGCAGACAGCUCCCACAAGUGCCAGUGAGAAGCGGCAGUAUAGAACAAGCAAGCUUAGUAGUGGAGGAGCGAACAAGACAGAUGAAAAUGAAAGUGCAUCGAUUUAAGCAGACAACAGGGUCUGGUUCUAGUCAAGAACUUGAUCGCGAGCAAUAUUCCAAGUAUAGCAUACAUAAAGAUCAGUACAGAAGCUGUGAUAACGUCUCUGCCAAAUCAUCAGAUAGUGAUGUCAGUGACGUGUCCGCCAUUUCCAGAACCAGCAGUGCCUCGCGCCUCAGCAGCACAAGCUUUAUGUCAGAGCAGUCUGAGCGCCCCAGGGGUAGAAUCAGUUCAUUUACCCCUAAAAUGCAAGGCAGACGGAUGGGGACUUCAGGAAGAGCCAUCACGAAGAGCACCAGUGUGAGUGGAGAGAUGUACACACUGGAGCAUAACGAUGGCAGCCAGUCGGACACGGCCGUGGGGACCGUGGGAGCAGGUGGGAAGAAACGGAGGUCCAGCCUGAGCGCCAAGGUGGUCGCCAUAGUGUCUCGACGGAGUAGAAGCACAUCCCAACUGAGCCAAACAGAGUCGGGCCACAAGAAGUUAAAAAGCACCAUACAGAGAAGCACAGAAACGGGCAUGGCAGCCGAAAUGAGGAAGAUGGUAAGACAGCCAAGUCGAGAGUCUACUGAUGGCAGCAUCAACAGUUACAGCUCCGAGGGAAACUUAAUAUUUCCUGGAGUGAGACUAGGAGCGGACAGUCAAUUUAGUGAUUUUCUCGAUGGGCUGGGACCAGCCCAGCUUGUUGGCCGCCAAACCCUCGCCACCCCUGCAAUGGGCGAUAUACAGAUUGGAAUGGAGGAUAAAAAGGGCCAAUUAGAAGUUGAAGUGAUCAGAGCACGAAGCCUCACGCAAAAACCUGGCUCCAAAUCUACACCUGCUCCAUAUGUCAAGGUGUAUCUUUUGGAAAACGGGGCCUGUAUAGCCAAGAAGAAGACAAGAAUUGCACGGAAAACCCUUGAUCCUUUGUAUCAACAGUCCCUGUUGUUUGAUGAAAGUCCGCAGGGGAAAGUUCUUCAGGUGAUUGUCUGGGGAGACUAUGGAAGAAUGGACCAUAAAUGCUUUAUGGGUGUGGCCCAAAUCUUAUUGGAAGAACUUGAUCUGUCCAGUAUGGUAAUCGGAUGGUACAAAUUAUUCCCACCGUCAUCAUUGGUGGAUCCCACACUCACUCCCCUAACCCGCCGGGCUUCCCAAUCAUCUCUGGAAAGUUCAACUGGGCCUCCCUGCAUUCGAUCGUAGUGAACUCAUACUAGAGUCAUUCCA